GUUUGGCCUGUAGGGGCUGUAGAGACGCAAGAUGGCGGAGAAGAUGUCUGGCGGUUCGCAGAAAGCGGGCUCAAAGCAACCUCUCUUAGACAGCAAGCUUAAAGCAUUCAGCAUUGGGAAAAUGAGUACAACAAAGAGAACACUAAGCAAGAAGGAGCAAGAGGAACUGAAGAAGAAGGAGGAUGAAAAAGCUGCUGCAGAGAUUUACGAGGAAUUUCUUGCCGCGUUUGAGGGUGCUGAUGCCAGCAAAGUUAAAACAUUUGUCAGAGGGGGCAUUGUCAAUGCCACAAAAGAUGAACAUGAGGCGGAUGAGAAGAAGGGCAAGUUGUAUAAGCCUGCCUCACGGUUUUCUGAGCCCAAACCUCAGCCAGCACCUGUUGAGAGACCACCCCCUCCAAUUUUACUUAUAGAACCUAAGAAACCGCCUUUAAAGAAAGGAGAGAAGGAGAAGAAGAAAAGUAAUUUGGAGCUUUUCAAAGAAGAACUCAAACAGAUUCAGGAAGAGAGGGAUGAACGGCACAAAACAAAAGGCAGAAUGAGCAGAUUUGAACCUCCACAAACAGAUGGUGAAGGACAGAAGCGUUCAGUAGAUCCUCAAUCAAGAAGAAACCGAGCUUCUGGUACUCUUGAUGACUACGCCCCUGGAUCGCAUGAUGUUGGGGAUCCGAGCACAACCAAUUUGUAUCUAGGAAACAUCAACCCUCAGAUGAAUGAAGAGAUGCUGUGCCAGGAGUUCGGGAGGUUUGGCCCAUUGGCUAGUGUUAAAAUCAUGUGGCCACGAACAGAUGAGGAGAGAGCACGAGAAAGGAACUGUGGGUUUGUUGCCUUCAUGAACAGACGAGACGCGGAAAGGGCACUGAAGAACUUGAACGGAAAAAUGGUUAUGUCCUUUGAAAUGAAGCUAGGGUGGGGAAAAGCGGUGCCUAUCCCUCCACACCCAAUAUAUAUUCCCCCGUCUAUGAUGGAGCACACACUUCCACCCCCUCCUUCCGGUCUGCCUUUUAAUGCCCAGCCUAGAGAACGCCUCAAGAAUCCGAAUUCUCCCUUGUUGCCACCACCGAAAAAUAAGGAAGAUUUUGAGAAGACUCUGUCGCAAGCCAUAGUCAAAGUGGUUAUCCCAACAGAAAGGAAUUUACUCGCUCUGAUCCAUCGUAUGAUCGAAUUUGUGGUGCGUGAAGGUCCAAUGUUUGAAGCGAUGAUCAUGAACAGAGAAAUCAACAAUCCAAUGUUCAGGUUCCUGUUUGAAAACCAGACACCAGCGCAUGUAUAUUACAGGUGGAAGCUUUACUCGAUAUUACAGGGAGAUUCUCCUAUAAAAUGGAAAACAGAAGACUACCGAAUGUUUAAGAAUGGCUCUUUCUGGAGGCCACCACCUUUAAAUCCAUAUUUACAUGGCAUGGCCGAAGAACAGGAAGUAGAAACUCUUGUUGAGGAGCCCAUCAAAAAAGGAUCACUCAAGGAAGAACAAAGGGACAAAUUGGAAGAAGUGUUACGCGGGUUAACUCCACGGAAAAACGACAUUGGGGAAGCUAUGAUGUUCUGUCUUAACCAUGCAGAAGCAGCGGAAGAAAUUGUAGAUUGCAUAGCAGAAUCGCUGUCAAUAUUGAAAACCCCUCUCCCAAAAAAGAUCGCCAGACUAUACCUGGUUUCAGAUGUCUUAUAUAACUCUUCUGCUAAAGUUGCCAAUGCAUCCUACUAUAGAAAAUACUUUGAAACUAAAUUAUGCCAAAUUUUUGCUGAUUUGAAUGCUGCCUAUAGAGCCAUACAGGGUCACCUUCAGUCAGAGAAUUUUAAGCAACGUGUUAUGGCGUGCUUCCGUGCCUGGGAAGACUGGACGAUUUAUCCUGAGCCCUAUUUGAUCAAACUACAAAACAUUUUCCUUGGUCUUGUAAAUAUUGAAGAAAAAGAACCUGAGGAAAUAGUCGAUGACUUGGAUGGGGCCCCAAUUGAGGAAGAAUUAGAUGGAGCCCCAUUGGAGGAUGUUGAUGGGCUUCCUAUUGAUGGUGCCCCACUGGAAGAUUUUGAUGGUUUACCGUUAAAAGCUCUUGAUGAUGAUUUGGACGGUGUCCCAUUGGAUAUUGGUGAUGAAAAAAAGAAUGAGCCAAUUUUUAAAGUGGCUCCAUCUAAAUGGGAAGCUGUAGAUGAAUCAGAGCUGGAGUCUCAAGCAGUAACAACAUCUAAAUGGGAGGUGUUUGAUCAACAUGAGGCAUCUGACGAAGAAGAAAAUCUAAAUCAAGAAGAAGAAAGUGAGGAUGAGGAUGACACGCAAAGUUCUAAGUCAGAGGACCAACACUACUACAACCCAAUUCGAGAUGACAUGUCUGAUUCUAAAUCCAUGAAAUACUCUGAAAUGAGUGAAGAGAAGCGUGCCAAACUUCGAGAAAUUGAGCUGAAGGUAAUGAAGUUCCAGGAUGAAAUUGAGUCUGGUAAAAGGCCAAAGAAGUCUGGACAGAGUAUUCAGGAGCAGGUUGAACAUUACAGAGACAAGCUGCUACAGAGGGAGAGAGAAAAAGAAGUGGAAAGAGAAAGAGACAGAGAUAAGAAAGAUAAAGAGAAGUUUGAGUACAGAUCAAAAGAAAAGAAGGAUGACUCUACACCAACUAGAAAAGAGAGGAAAAGGCGUCACAGUGGAUCUCCCAGUCCAUCACGUAGCAGCAGCAGUAAACGAGGCAAAUCUCCUUCACCAAAAUCUGAACGCUCGGAAAGGUCGCACAAGGAUAAUUCACGAUCCAGAUCCUCUCAUAAAGACUCUCCCAGAGAUGUUAGUAAAAAGGGCAAAAGGUCACCUUCAGGCUCUUUGACACCUAAAAGAUCUAGAAGAUCACGGUCACGGUCCCCAAAAAAGUCUGUGAAGAAGUCCAGGUCCCAGUCCAGAUCCCCUCACAGAUCUCACAAAAAGUCAAAGAAAAGCAAACACUGACAUACCAUCAAUCUUGCUUUUUGUUUUUCUUCUUUUUUUAUGAAGAUGUCAGUUAAUGAUUUUUUUUUCUCUGUGCCUGAGAAGUCAUUAAAAAAAACUAAAUAAAGUAAAAAAAAAAAAAGAUGAAAAUAACAAAUCCUAUACGGCAGCAUUCCUACAUUUGUUGUGAAUGCAUGUGUAUAUUUCUGAGCAAUUGCAUCUGUAGAAUUUGUCAUUGUUUUAUAUUGUAAAAUAUCCUGUUGACUGUGGCUAUGUAAUUCCUCUAAAAGGAACCAUUUUGUGCUAGGAUUCACACAACUGUGUAUAUGAUCUGCUGGCAGUAGAUAUAUAUUUUUUUUUUUUCCUUUUUAUUUUAAUUUUAUUUUUUUUACCUUUCCCGUAAUCUCCGUUUUAGUAUGUUGUGAGAAAAAUAUAAAUUCAUUGUCCCCCUUGCCCUCUUGUUUUGUAGCCUUGAAAAUUUGCAUUAGGUUUCAAUUAAAUAAAAUCUGAACUGAUUAUUACCUACUCGCUUUUAAAAAUGGUUAGAUAAACUGUAUGUCCACUAAUGUACCUGUACCUAAGGCAGUGGUUACAGGACAUCGGAUCUGACACUAAACAAAAUGGUGCAGCAUGCUGUGCUAUUUUGCCUGGUGUUUUUAACAGAAUCUGCAAUAGGAUCUUCUAACGGAGUGGCCGUCGCAGAUCCGAAUGAUGCGCAAUAUGGCUGUGUUCAACUGGUGACCGUUGUGCCCUGUCCCAGAAAAAUGAUCAACUAUGACUGUACACUGAGCUAUGCUACGGGGCACUGUGGUAUCUUCCCAUCUUUAAAACUUGUCCUGUUUAUGUAAAUCUACAAUCGCUUUAUAGGAAUGUGCUCUGUUCCCCCAUAUGGAUUUUAUUUUUUUAACAAUCAAGCUGGUUCUGACCCUGUUUUCAACUAAAUGACGUCUAUCACAUUAAACGGCCACAAAAAACACAUGCAAACAAAUAGCCACAUAAACAGUUGUCACAUUAUUAUGACCACCAGCUAAUAUCCAGAGUAACCACUAUGUGCAGCAUGGACGGCAGCUAGAUGAGCUGGGAGUGACUCAAUAAGGUCCUGGUAGGCUGUCACAGGUAUCUAGAGCCAUGCUGACUGCAGUGCAUCCCACAGCUGCUGGAAGGAGUGUGUGUGUGUGGGGGGGGGGGGGGGGGCGAUCCAUAGAGUGAACAUGACGAUCGAGGUGGUUGCAAAGAUGCUGAAUUCGGUUCAAGUUUGGGAAAUUAGGGUGCCAGGGUAGUACUUAGAAGUCUUGGUCACGCUCUCCCAACCAGUGUCAUUUCUUGCUGUGUGACAUGUUGUAUUUUAUUGCUUGAAGAUCGUAUCUGUCCUAGGGAAAACAAUCAGCGUGUAUGGGUGUUGUGAUCGGCAAGAAUGGAUUUAUACCCAAAUUGGUAGAGUGGGGCCAGAGAUUACUACAAAAACCAUUCCCCAGACCAUAAUGGUGCCACCACCAGCUUGUGUUCUUCUAGAAAUGGUUGCAAGGUGGUUGGUUUGACUAAUCUUUCCUGUCACGCCAACGUUUAUCCGUCUUAUGAAGCAGAGAAUGUAACUCAUUGGACCACAGCAGCACGUGAACAGUUAAACCAGUUUCAGAAAUACUGCAACCCCUGGCCCAAAAGCCAAUCAUCCCUUUUUGGAUAAAUUUUUUAUUUUUUUUAAACCCGUAAUGGGCAACAAGUGAUAUGACAGCCUAUAUACCCAGCUCACAUCACUUCACGAGCUACAUGCCAACAUCAAAAGUGGGAAGCAGCCAUAAUAAUGUGACUGAACUGUGUAUGUGUGUGGGUCUUUGUCAAGUGCCAUAUUUGAGGCCUUUACAUUAUGUCACAUUGAUGACCACCAAUGUAAAAUGUUUACUUUGUAUUUAUGCUAUAACUGGAAUAUAUCCUAUUUUUACUAUGUAUAACUUGUCACAUCAGGCUGAAUGAAAUUUUAACUGGUCGUC